CUGAAAAUGCCGCAGCGGUCGCCGUUUGCGAUCCAGGAGCUGCUGGGCCUCAAUGGAACAGGAAGUGGAAGUGGACAAGAGCGAGGAUCGCCACAUCAACAGGGCUCACCACCCGCAGGAGUAUCCGCGGUCUCCUACGCACCAUCAGCGCCACACCACAAAAUAUGGGACUACAUGCCCAGCCUGACCAAUCAUUUGGGCAACUUGGGAAACCUGGGGAAUCUCGGCAACCUGACUGCCUCGAGGAUGGCCUACCUGAAUGCUCAAGCAGCAGUUGCGGCAGCUUUUUUGCCACCUCCACACCCUCAUCCGGCCCAUCACGUUGCCCAUCACCAGGUACACCAACCAGGACAACUUCCAGGAUCACCGGGUAUGAACGUGCAUCCCGCAGCAGCGCAUGCCCAGCACGUUCUUCCAGGCACCGGUGUCUCUGGUAAUCACCAGCACAGUCCCAAUCAUCAGCAAACGCCACCACACGAUUUCUCACAGUCCAAGAGUAAUUUUUCAAAUACAAACUUUGGCGUCGGCCAUCACGUUGAGUCUGGUAAAGACUUUACUGUUGACGGGUUAUCAGGAUUCAGUAAAAAAAAGAAGAAAAAACGUCGCCAUAGCUCCAGGACGAUCUUCACGUCCCAGCAGCUGGAGGAGCUGGAGGCGGCAUUCAAGGAGGCUCAUUACCCAGACGUUUAUGCCCGCGAGAUGCUCAGCCUCCGGACAGAUCUUCCAGAGGACAGAAUACAAGUAUGGUUUCAGAAUCGACGAGCAAAAUGGCGCAAGACAGAAAAAUGUUGGGGUAGAAGUACCAUAAUGGCGGAGUAUGGACUCUACGGAGCAAUGGUGCGGCACUCAUUACCUUUACCGGAGACUAUAUUGAAGAGCGCGAAAGAAAAUGAAUCUGUGGCGCCUUGGCUACUGGCACAAUCGUCUAAGACAAGCGGCUUUAGUCAAGAUUUCGAAACUAAUCAAGAACUGAUUGACUGUGGCCCCGUAGGGAUGCACCGGAAGUCGAUUGAGGCUGCGGAGCACCUCAAGUCCGGAGGCGAGGAUAGCGGAAACGAUCACGCUGGCAGUAGCAGCAGUCCAAGUCACAAUCACCACCAGGGCGGCCCAACCAGUUCCGAGAGUGGUCAAGAGAGCCAGGACGGCAUGGGAGGACCAUCAACUGGUGCCGUUCAGGAUACUGAGCAAUUGAGGAAUGAAAGUAUUGCAUGUUUACGAGCGAAAGCACAGCAGCACCAGCUACAACUGAGUCUACAACCUGCCGCGGGAAGCAGCGGUGGGUCUACAACACCCGGAAGUACGUCAUAUCCGACAGGACCACCGCCGACCAACACACUCCACGCCUCUGUUUAAUUUGUGAAUAAUCUCAAUUAAUCAAUUUCCACGAUCCCAAUCACUCGUCAUCCACUACCUUUUCCCUUCCCUUCCCUUCCCUUCCUUUCCCUUCCUUUCCCAAUCCAAUUCAACUCAACUCUCGGCUCUCGACUCUCUCAGUGUAAUCCCAUUCCGAGCGGUUAUUUGGAUUACCUGAACUCUACGUCAACCUUAUUCGCUCCAUUUCCGUUAAUAAUAUCAUCAUCAGCAGCAGCAGCAGCAGCAGCAGCAGCAGCAACAGCAGCAACAGCGAGUACUCAACUGAUCGAAACCGCUUAUCCAGCUCUCAACCCACCUUAAAAUUUACACCAGAAUGUAAGAGCAUCUGGCCAUCAGAGCAGCAUCAACCUAUCAGUAGAACGGAAUAUCCAGCAAAUUAAUUUCCUUGAGCUACUUACUUAUCAUCCACAAGUUACCUCAAUUUAUGAUACACGUAUUUAAAGUCAGGAUUAUUAUUAUAUCUGCUAAUUUAUUACAAACUUCAUUAC